CUGGACCACCAGGGAACUCCCUCCUCCUCUGUAAAAUGGCCCACUGCUGGGGUUGUGGGAGGCUGGGCACACCUGGUACCGGCUUGGGCCCAUCAGAGAGCUGGCAGCAGCCCCUGGCAGCUGGGGUGUGGAAUGGGACAGUGGGUCCUCUCCCGGCCCCUGCCUGGCCUCAUCCCGGCUCGUGUGUCCCAGGCAAGACUAUGGCUUCUGCGGCAGCAGCAACAACAGAGAAGGGGUCUCCAGUUGUGGUGGGUCUGCUGGUCGUGGGAAACAUCAUUAUUCUGCUGUCAGGCCUGGCCCUGUUCGCUGAAACGGUAUGGGUGACCGCCGACCAGUACCGCGUGUACCCACUGAUGGGCGUCUCGGGCAAGGAUGAUGUCUUCGCCGGUGCCUGGAUCGCCAUCUUCUGCGGCUUCUCCUUCUUCGUGGUGGCCAGCUUUGGUGUGGGCGCAGCGCUCUGCCGCCACCGGGCCAUGAUGCUCACGUACCUGGUGCUCAUGCUCACGACCUACUGCUUUGAGUGCGCCUCCUGCAUCACGUCCUACACCCACCAUGACUACAUGGUGUCCAGCCCAUCCCUGAUCACCAAGCAAAUGCUGACCUUCUACAGUGCAGACUCGGACCAGGGCCGGGAACUCACUCGCCUCUGGGAUCGCAUCAUGAUUGAGCAAGAGUGCUGUGGCACGUCAGGUCCCAUGGACUGGGUGAACUUCACAUCAGCCUUCCGGGCCGCCACCCCAGAGGUGGUGUUCCCCUGGCCCCCGCUGUGCUGUCGACGGACUGGCAACUUCAUCCCCCUCAAUGAAGAAGGCUGCCGCCUGGGCCACUUGGACUACCUGUUCACCAAGGGCUGCUUCGAACACAUUGGCCACGCCAUCGACAGCUACACGUGGGGCAUCUCAUGGUUUGGGUUUGCCAUCCUGAUGUGGACGCUUCCUGUGAUGCUCAUAGCCAUGCAUUUCUACACCACGUUGUGAGGAGCAAGGGAAGUCCACGUGCACACUCAGCGCCUCCUCCUCCCGUUGAGAUGGCCGCCUCACCUCUCCCUUUCCCACCUCCUCC